ACACACACACACACACACACACACACACACACAAACACAAGCACACACGCACACAUACUGCAGUAACUCAAUAUUUUCCCAAAACAUUAGAAAGAACUUUCCACCAGACAAGGACUCCACUAACUUAAGAAAAGACUUUUCUUAAGUUAUUGUAAAAGUUGGAAAACCCCUGAGUGCUUGUGUGUGUGUGUGUGUGUGUGUGUGUGUGUGUGUGUGUGUGUGUGUGUGUGUGUGUGUAUGUGUGUGUGCAUUCCUGUGUGUGUGUGUGCAUUCCUGUGUGUAUGCAGCAAACUUAGAGGUGUAUUUGUUUUGUUUCGCAUGCUCAUUUCUUUUCUAAUCAUCAGCAGCCUGAUCUGAAUAUCCUCCAUGUUUACUUUUGUUAUUGUGUUGCUGGAUUUGUGUAGUGUAAUGAUUGUUGGGUAGCAUUCUGCAAUCCUGCCACCUGGUGGACAGCAGUAGAACCGCUUGUUUAAUCUGCCAGCUCUUCCCUGGUGUUUGGACCGAGGUGGAAACGCAGGGACACAGUCGUCUGUGGAACCUUUAACUUCCUGUGACUAGAGGCUCCAGGAUCAGGAUGUCUCGUCUUGUCUCUCUGGUCGUGGUCGUCCUGCUCUCCUGGGGGACGUGGCGCCCGGCUGCAGCUGAUGUUGGUGAUUUUGCUCCAUGCCUGCGGUUCUUCUACAGGUCAUGGCCUCCUAAAGGUUUGCUGGGGACCCCGAUCUGCCAGCGCUUCCUCAACCAGUACCGCUUUGCCACGUUGUACAGCCGAGCGCGCCGCUCCCCGUGGUUCUCCGGCUACCUGUACACCCUGCCGGCGGGGAAGAGGCCCGCAGCUUCCUGGAAGUUUGAGCCACAGUUAGCGUACCCGGGAGCCGACGGCAACAUGACCCCCUUCCCCCCCGGCCCCGUGGACCAGAACGUGGUGGAGAGCCAGGCGGUGGAGCACGACUACAUCAACUCCACCUACUCCCGGGGCCACAUGGACCCCAGCCUUCACCACAGGAGCCACGACGACCGCUUGGCCACCUUCACCCUCACUAACGUGGUCCCUCAGAAGGCGGGCUCUAACGACGGCCCCUGGCAGAUCCUGGAGCAGAGGGUCAACAAAACGCUGGCGGCUUACUGCCUCGGAGACGCCUACAUCGUGACCGGCGUCAUCCCCUAUCAGAGCGAGGAGCCCUGGCUCAACAACCAUCGUGUGGCGGUGCCGGAGUACAUGUGGUCAGCCUACUGCUGCCCGAAGUUCAACAGCAGUCUCCCAGAGAAGCUGAAGGACUUCUUUCCCACGUACGCUGCCAUCGGCCGCAACGACAGCAACAGCACCGAGGAGAUAGUGCCCGUCGACCCGGCGGCUAAGAAACAGUUCAGAGGAUAUGACGUGAGGUCGAUGCCGCUGGAAACACUGGAGCUGGUUCUGAAGGAGCGGUUCUCUGCGGUCGUCAGUGUUUUCUAUGAGCGCUGCUCUGGAUCAGACUAGUUACAGUCAGGUCUAAAGUAUUUGAAUUGAUUUUAGUAUUUGUUACUUUAGAAAAUGGAUCUUAAAGGAAAUGCCAGAAAAAAAUUAUGAAAAAUGUCACACGACAGCUGCUCGAGUAAAAAGAACCCAACAUUGACUUUAACACAUUGUGACAGGUUCGUUUUCCUGAAGAGAGACACCACAUGUUUAAUUAUAGAAAACAGGAUGUGAACUUUGUGAAACUUUAUUCUUUACAGACACAAGUCAUAACUGACAUAGUCACUGACACAUAAAUGUAAAUAUAGGCUUAGGAAAUGAAAAAAGUCUCUUAGCUUAGUCUUUAUGCUAAGCUAACCUUACUGAAUCCUUGUUCUGUCCACUUAUCUUAGUUUAGCAUGAAACAGGGGGAGACUUUCAGCUCUUCCCUUUGCAUCCAGGCUUUAUGCUAAGCUAAGCUAACUGGCUGCUGGUUGUAGCCUUUAAUUGAACAAGCAGAUAUGAUAUGAGUUGUCAUAUCAUAUCUGAAAAAUAAAAAAAAUAUAUUUAAUUUUAUUGCUGAGCUGCUGUGGACGAGCAACACCGAUCACUCAGAUAAACUAAUGCUGCACCCACCACAUGUGACCAGCAGAUGGCGCCCUUGUGCUUUAUUAAGUUUCUCCUGCACAGAAAACAAACACCUUUUAUUAUCUUGUGAUCAACUUAAUAUUGUAAAUGAUCUUUCUUCUUUGUAUUUAAAACUAAAAUCACACUGUUUCCGUUUUGCAUGAAGGCACCAGUGUUUUCUACUGGGACAUAAAUAAACAAAUCAAGAGCAAAUAAUGAAAUACGCAUACGACUCAUUUUGAUAAACAACUUGUUCCACGGGUGUUUUUCUGUCUGUUGAAAUGAUCACUGAGACACAUGUUUCAUCAUCAGACUCGCUGUGGAUUUAUUGCAUGAACAGAUGGAACAGGAUCACACGUGAACAAGAGGGUUGAACACGUCUAACACGCUGGUGUGUCAAACUGGAUUACUCUGAGAAAACCUGAAUCACCAGCUCAGUGUUGUUGAGUCAUCGGAGCGGAGAAGAGCUUGUCCCACACCUCCACCUUCAUGAUGGCUUUGCCCAUCGGGGACAUGGUCACCUUGAUG